AUGGUUACAGAACCACGUGGCCACGUCUGUCACAGAUCUCUUUCUCUCUCUCUCUCUCUUUCAGUGAUCCAGAACCUCUCUUGGUGUUUGGCAUCAUAAGAAACUCAAACUCAAAGAUUGGUUCAAAGUUCGAUUCUUUAUUGGUGAAAGAUCAAAACCCAGCAGGAUCUCUGUGUUCUGCUGGAAGAUGAGGCGAAGAGGUGCAGAUUUUCGAAGGCCAGGGAGAAGGAGGCUUCAAGAUGUGGUCUGGUGGGCAUCUUGUAGUGUUGUCGUUAUUUUCUUUAUUUAUAUUCUUACCAAAGGCACCACCAACAUUGACUCCACCCACCAUUUUUCCAGGGGACCUUUAAGGCAUGACAGGAUUACAGAAGGCUUCAAUGUUACUGAAGACAUGUUAAGCGCUGACUCUGUGGCAAGACAGAUUAAUGAUCAAAUAUCCCUUGCAAAAGCUUUUGUUGUAAUUGCCAAGGAAAGUAAUAAUCAUCAAUUUGCUUGGGAAUUAAGUGCUCAGAUUCGCAAUUCACAGAUUUUCCUCUCAAAUGCUGCCACCAGGCGUGCACCUUUAACAAUCAAGGAAUCUGAACAUGCUAUUCAUGAUAUGGCAUUGUUACUAUAUCAGGCCCAGCAGCUCCAUUAUGAUAGUGCAACCAUGAUCAUGAGACUAAAAGCAAAAAUUCAAGCUCUUGAAGAACAGAUGAAUUCUGUAAGUGAGAAGAGUUCAAAAUAUGGACAAAUAGCUGCUGAAGAAGUCCCAAAGAGCCUAUACUGCCUUGGUGUUCGAUUGACAUCUAAAUGGUUCAAAAAUCUUAGCUUGCAAAAGAAAUUAAAGGACAAAAGACAAGUGGAAAUGAAGCUUAAGGAUAAUAAUCUAUACCACUUUUGUGUCUUCUCUGAUAACAUACUUGCUACUUCAGUCGUGGUCAAUUCGACUGCAAUAAAUUCAAAAAAUCCAGACAUGGUUGUUUUCCACCUUGUCACUGAUGAAAUAAAUUAUGCUGCAAUGAAGGCAUGGUUUUCCGUAAAUGAUUUUCGAGGGGUGACUGUUGAAGUUCAAAAGUUUGAAGACUUCAAUUGGUUAAAUGCUUCGUAUGUUCCUGUGCUUAAGCAGCUUCAAGACUCGGAGAUACAGAACUACUACUUCAAAGGCAACAGUGAUGAUAGCAAGACACCUAUCAAGUUUCGGAAUCCUAAAUAUCUUUCCAUGCUUAACCACCUGAGGUUCUAUAUCCCUCAAGUUUUUCCUGACCUGAAGAAGGUGGUGUUCUUGGAUGAUGAUGUUGUGGUUCAAAAGGAUCUUUCUGGUCUUUUUUCUAUUGAUUUGAAUGGAAAUGUUAAUGGAGCUGUUGAGACAUGCAUGGAGACAUUUCAUAGAUACCAUAAAUAUUUGAACUACUCUCAUCCUCUAAUAAGAACACAUUUUGAUCCUGAUGCUUGUGGAUGGGCAUUUGGGAUGAAUGUGUUUGAUUUGGUUCAAUGGAGGAAAAGGAAUGUGACAGGCAUAUACCACUAUUGGCAGGAAAAGAAUGCAGACAGGACAUUGUGGAAACUUGGUACCUUGCCACCUGGGUUGUUAACUUUUUAUGGACUAACUGAACCUUUGGAUCCAUCAUGGCAUGUAUUGGGUUUUGGCUAUACAAAUGUUGAUCCUCAGUUGAUAGAGAGAGGGGCUGUUCUACACUUCAAUGGCAACUCCAAACCUUGGUUGAAGAUUGGGAUGGAAAAGUACAAGCCUCUUUGGGAAAAAUACGUGGAUUAUUCUCACCCUUUAUUGCAACAGUGUAAUUUUCAUUGAUUUUUAACUACGUUAUAGUUGUAACUCCAGAUAGGCACGAUGAGUAGUAGCCAAUAGUUUUUAAUAUAUUUUUAGGUUUUGGCAAUGAAAAGUGGUACCAUGAUUCUUGAUCUAUUCUUAAUCUUGUUGGCUUGGAUUAGUUGAUUGCAAAAAUUUUAAAAUAUCCAAAUCAAACUAAUCCAAUUAAAUAUUAGUUUGGAUUGUAUUUUACCAUAACAUUCAACCAUAUCAACACUGUGAACACACUCUUUCUUCUCUGCCGU